CAAGAGAGAGUGGUACUCGCGGGAAAAAUGGCGGAAAUUUGUGGUCUUUUCACGUUAUCAACAUCAGAGAUUCAAAUCAAUGCAUUUUAAGCCUCAUCUGGUGUUUGUCUGCAUGCGUGUGUCAUACCCGUGCCUUCGUAUGUAAGGCUCUGGGUUUAGAAAGGAAUGCAAGAUGCAAAAAGAUUCAUUGAACGAGUCCACCUCUGGCCCUGUGACACUGAAUCAAGUUAACAACCAAGAAUCUCCAAUCAAGUCUGUACAGUGUAGUCAGUGUUCACUCUGCUUUAAAUCCAAGGUCUACCUUUUUGAACACCUGAACAAGUUGCAUGACAUGGAUGUAGAUUCUGCUCUCAGAGAUGCUGGUUUAAAAUCCCCUGGCAGUAACAAAGUCAAUGCUGACAACGAUAGCAACAGUUCAGGAGAUGAUUUGAAAUGCCAGCGCUGUGAUUUUACAACUUCUAGUCUGGACGUUGUAAAUGAACAUGAGAAACAAUGUCAUCAGAAAUCGGAAGAUCAAAACAUGAUAGGAGAUCUAAACAUUUCUGAAAACCCGGAGACCAACACAAGUGUCAUUUCUACAAACCAGCAUAGUGAAGCUUCAGGAGCAAAAGAGAAUUCCUCCGUUUAUUCCGUUGUGUCUACCACAAAUUCAAAAUCCAUACUAAACUCAUCAAAGGAUCUGAAGACAUACAAGAGGCCAUUGCAAACAAUUACCAAGUACUUUGCGGCAUCAACUGAAUCCAAUGGGAAACCCCCAGUGAAGUUAACUGAUAGCUCAAAGCUUAUAGACAGCACCAAAGGCACGAUCAUUUUGCAAGAAUCUCCCUCAUGCUCCAGCCCAAACAGUAGUGGUGUGUUUAAAGUCACUGCAAUGCACUCCAUGAUUGAUAACACCACUGUUUCUAACCAUUAUUUGAGAAGUGACCACUUUAAAAAUACUGACCUGAGACCACCAAAGCCGAAGGAACAAACCAUUGAAGCCGUUCCUGACCAUGUUAGCAAGAGGACCAACAAUGGAAGCUCAAAAUGGCCUCCUGCUAAAAAAGCAAGAAUAGACAAAGACGAGACAAAGCAGCCAGAGGGCGCAAAUGCAAGUCAACAACAACCAUCAGGCAACAAAGACUUUUCCUUUGAAGUUAGCGAGGAUGAAGGAGAAAAGAAGCGUUGUCUUGUCAAUGGAGACACUGAAACGCUGAAAGUUUAUUUGUGUAAGCACUGUGACUACAGUGAUACAGGCAUAACACCUUUGUCUGCCCAUUAUCAGAGUGAUCACCCUUAUGUAAGAUAUACUGCCUCUUACAUUCAGGAUCCAAGUAAUGAAAGUGCUAACUACCGUUGCCUGCAUUGUCCAGUUGAGUUUGGAAGUGUAGCCGACCUCAAGAGACACUACACUGAAAAUCAUCCAGAGGCCCCAGAUAUAUUCACAAUGCAGUCACAUGACCUCAAGUUGGCUUACAGAUGUUUUGUGUGUCCGUUUACCACCAACGUAUUGAAGGCUAUCAAAAAACAUUACAAGGAAUAUCAUCCAACACAUAAAGUGGAUAAUUCCUUGAUGUACUACAGAUAUUUGACAACUGCAAGCCAAGAGGGAUCAUCUCAGUUGAAUACAUGUGAAAAAGCAUCUAGUUCAGAAAGACAAGGAGCAAUUUCUCCUGAGAAUGCCUGUACACCAUGUACGGAAGUCAAAAAUGCACCCUCGCCCCAACAACCCACCCCCACAGGCGCAGACAUGGUCUUGUAUUAUUGCAACGACUGCAACUUUAGUCAUAAGUCAGUUAUUGUUAUGCAUGUCCACUACCAAAAAUGUCACCCAGACGAAGAGAUCUCAUUAGAGAAAGUCAAACAGUUGGCUCGUGUCAUGUCAACGUCACAGACGACGGCAGAUAAAUCUCAAAACUCUUUGAAAAAAACAGAUAAAGCUCCACCUCAAACAAGCAUCUCGGAUUUUUUUAAGAAAACAAAAGACAAAGGUGAGCUGUCACAGCGUGAGCACACACCAGAAGCUUCUAACACUCAUUCGAAGGCUCCUAAAACUAAGGAAGUUAAAUCAACGGAAGACAAAAGUAAAAACGAGAAGACACCUACCACACCAGACAUGGAAACGUCUACUAAAAUGGACAGUGUAUCCUUCAGUUCACCAGAAAAAUUGUUUUACUGCCAGCUAUGCAGUUAUUCAAGUACCAACAUCAAAAGCGUUGUUGGUCAUCAUAACUCAAAACAUGCUCUGCACUCAAUAACCUGUAUUGAGGAGAUCUUAUUGCAUAGUGCUAAGGUGCAAAAGAAACUUAAAAGUAAGGCUGAGGCAAGUUCUAAAUCUAUUGAUUCCAAAACUAGCAAACCAGUAGAGGUUUGUAGUAAAAAACUUCAACAAGAGGAGGAAGCAGCAGAUUCUUCUGCGAUAGAACCUAAUCUUUAUGCAUGUGCAGAAAACUUGUUUUACUGCCAGGAGUGCAACUAUGGAAAUCCAGCUGUAAAAGGAGUAGCGAACCAUCAAAACCAAGUUCACCGAAACCUUCUUUACAGCAGGGAAAGUAUUAUUGAACACACAGCUUUGGUUCGUGAAGAAAUUGAAAAAUCAAAAUCUCAAGCAACGGAGCUUUCCUUUUCUACGCGUCUGCCUUUUCCUUUUUUGAAUGAGGGCGAUGAAGAUAUGUUUUUCUGCCACUUUUGUAACUAUAGACAGAGUUCUGUGGACUACGUCUUGAAGCAUUACCUCAAAAAGCAUCGUGGAUUUACAGUUAAAAGCGAACAAGUGCGUCAGUAUACGUCUUUGGUUCGAGAAAAGGCACAGAGGCUGCACCAGGAAAAAACUGCAAACCAAGAAGUAAACCACACAUCCCUUGGAGGAAAAGGAAAUUAUAAGGGAAAAACAAAAAAGCAUGGCAAAUCCCUCCCCGCUUCAGCUCCACUCUCAAUGACAGCCUCACAAACACAGAGGAACCUUCAGUGCCAUAGAUGCUCCUAUAGCACUCAAUAUGUGUAUGUUUUGAAGAGGCAUAUAUGGAAAAUCCACAGGGCAAAUCGCUCAGUCACAGAUGUUUUGAGACUGUGUUUCAGACAAGGAAAUAUAGAGGAAGGGCAUCACUGUGACGUGUGUGUUUUCUCUCACGAAAAAGCAGCAGUGGUCUACAAACACUACCAGGAACAACACCCAGGACGCAGACUAAGCCUUAAGCAGGUGACUACUCGGUUGUUUGUUGGCCCCGAAACACGUCCUCCUAAAAGGAAGAAACCUCAGAUAAAGUACAUCGAUGGUUUAAGUGACAGUGAUGGCACUGAUGGUAGCUUAUCACCGGGACAAAAUGAAACCAAGACGUAUUCGUGCAGAGCAUGUCCUUUUAAAGGUAACUCGGUGUCAGUCAUCACACGACACUACCGUGCUGUUCAUCCGUGGUCUGUGAAAGAAGAUGGCUCAGUCCUGGAUGUGGUCAACAGCAAGAGAUCAGGUGCAAACAGGCAGUUGGAAGACCAGGAGGAUAAGCAUGAGUCAUUCGAAUCCUACCAAGAGCCCCUUGAAUUUGACAAUUCACCUGGUUCACCUCAUGAAGCAACACCAUCUUCCAAAUCAUCCAAAUCUUCCAAAUCUUCCAAAAAGCUCCGCUGCCCUUACUGCCCUGCGAAGUUGAACACCCAGCACGGUCUCAAGGUUCACUGUGGAAUGAAACACCAACAAGCUGAAAAUUCGGAUGAACUAGAUCAAGGGCAAGUCCAAACACGCAUGCAUGUCUUUAAGUGUCCACAUUGUACCUACCUGAAUAUUGCUCAUCAAGGAGUUCUCACUCACUGCCAGAUGAAGCAUCCUGCUCUUGAAUCCAGGGCGGACAGUCUUCACGUAGAUGAAGCACAGUUAGACAACUGGGGUGACUCUUCUAAAAUGAAAGAGCCAGGUGGCAAAUUGAGACUUAAAGGCUACAUGUGUGAAACCUGCCUACAAAUCUUUUCAACACUGGAGAGGCUAAAUAAGCAUAGCGAAAGGUUCCAUGCUAAUACUGUAGCGAACGCAUUUCAAACUGCAUUUAAACCACCACUUGUAAGCAAAAUCAAACAAUUCAAGACUCUUACCAAUCGGGGGUCAGUAUCACAUGCUUCCUUUUUGAGUAAGAAAAUAUAUGCAGUGGUUAGGUGCCAGUACUGCUCUUACAGUUGCAGCACAAAAAUUGCGCUCGGUCGACACGUGCGUGUUCACCACAAGAAUGUAUCCAUCUCAAAGUAUCACGAUGGUGUACUCAGGUGCAGCCUCUGUAGCAAAACCUAUUUCAAGAAAAAACGACUUGGCAGCCAUUAUAUUAAGAAACAUGGGAGGGAUAGUUUCUUAAAGUACUUUGUACCAGUUUACAAGCAGGCCCACGAGAAGCCAGCGCCAACAUCUCACGACAGCCCCUUAACACCACAACCAGAAAGCAUGCGUGAGGAAUGUAAAUCCAGCACCCUGACAGAGGACAAGAAACAAUCAUUAUUCUACAGAUGUCCAACUUGUUCCUAUGUGAAUGCAAGCUACCAUGGCACCCUCACUCACUGCCAGAUGCAGCAUCCAGACAUCGUGGCCAGGGCAGAUGAACUUCAAACAGUGGAAAUACUUGAAACCAACAUGGUCAAUUGUACUAUUGGAAAAGGUUCUAAUGCAAGAGGGUUCAUGUGUAACCUAUGUCCACUCAUUUUUGCAUCAUUGAAGAAACUGAAAAUCCAUUGUGAGAGGGAUCAUGGUCAGGGUACACCAACUGCUGCUGAACGUUCAACUGACAUUAAAACUGAAAAACAACAUGUUCACUGCUCUCCAAGCCCGCCAUUGAGGGUUUUAGAAAACCAAACAUCAGCAAUGAGCCCCACAGAAAUUGGCUUCGGUCACCAGUUUGGCACUCCUGAGACAUGUCAGUCAGGACAGUUAUCAGGACAGAAUGCGCAAAAACUGUACAAGUGCCACAUUUGUACCUAUAAAGGAAUCUUUCGAAGAUACCUGCAAGUUCACUACAAAAACACUCACAAAUUGGAUCCUCUUACUGUACACAAGCUGCUAGAGAAGUAUAACAAAUGUAAACCCAGGAAGGCCAGCAAGCUGCAUGAAGCUGAAGCUCAAGAUGAAUCUGAAUCUGAGGAAGAUCCACCCAACAAAUGUAAGAAGUGUCCAGAGUUGACGUUUGACUCAUCACAGCUGCUUGUUGACCACUAUAGUGCUUCUCAUAGCUCGGCUAGCAUAUUGGACUUCACUGUGUUAUCACAAGGAUCAAAGAAGGGCAGUACAGGUCUUUACAGGUGUGUCCACUGCUACAAACAAAUGAAUGGGAUUAGAAAGUUGUGGUAUCACCUGGAUUGCCACCGAGAGGCUGCCAAAAAGAGGGCGAUGGCUGCUGAGACGAGGGCACCGCCUGCCGUUUCAACAACACCAGAGAUCAAAUCCAUCAAACUCUGUAAGCAAGAUGUGGUUACUAAGAUAGAAACGGUGGAGGAACUAGCCACCCAGUGGAACGUGACAGAAGUACAGACCUUUGCUUGGCCAACAAGUCCUCUGUCGUCACCUUUAAAACCCACUCAACCGGAACAACCAGAGCUGGAAUCAGAAGAAGAAAAAUACACAUGCAAACAUUGUCGACGAUCAUUUAGGUCACUGAAAGGUUUGCGUUCGCAUGAGCGCAGCCAUGCAGCCAUCAAGAAACUGAACAAUCCGUCUACCUCAGUGUUACAGCACAACAUCGACAAAUACGUCAUGUUCAAACCUGGGACUAUAAAGCCUUUCCUUUGUAGUUUCUGCUCCUAUCGGACGACCGUCAUGGGCCUUUGGAGGAGUCAUUUUAUGAGAACUCAUCAUGAUGCGAUUGGUGAACUCGCUGAGACUGACAACCAAGAAGAGGAACUAAACAAUUGGCCCGAAUCUGAUGAAGAACCUGAAAUUACUGAAACAUCGCUUUACUUGGAGCCCCCAGAUGUGCAGCGGCAGUUGAACCAUUACAACUUGAUUGCACAGGCUGAUGCCUCGUCUAAAGUAGUUGUACAAGAAACCAAGUUACCUGACAGUCUUCAUCACUGUGAGUUCUGCAAUUUCAGCAGUGAACAUCUAUCUAGUGUGCGACGACACUACCUUAAUCGCCAUGGAAAGAAGAUCCUCAGAUGUAAGGACUGCAACUUUUUCACUGGUUUGAGAAAAACCCUGGAGGUGCACAUGGAGACGGGUCACUCUACAUUCCAGUCAGAACCGACUCAUCACAAAGACCUCCGCUGCCCAUUCUGCCUCUACCAGACCAAGAACAAGAACAACAUGAUCGAUCACAUCGUCCUGCAUCGUGAGGAACGCGUUGUGCCAAUAGAAGUGCGUCGCUCAAAGUUGUCGCGUUACCUUCAAGGCAUCGUCUUCCGCUGUCACAAAUGCACAUUUACAAGUGGAAGCGCUGACAGCCUGAGUUUGCACAUGACGAAACACGAUGACAUCAAACCCUACAAGUGUCGGCUCUGCUACUUCGACUGCACUCGACUGAACGACUUGGAGGCACACCUGAGUGAUAAGCAUCAGGUUUUGAGGAAUCAUGAGCUUGUGGGUCAGGUCAGCCUUGAUCAGCUACAGGCUACAGAGGUUGGUAGGAUGCCAGAAGAGGAAGAGGGCUGCUCGUCUAACUUUGAGGACCACAACAAUGACAGUGAAGAUGUAGAAACAGAGGAGUUUGUUACCGACUGCGAUGAAGAAAUUCAGACAAAGGAAGUAAAUCAGGAGCAAGAGCAGGAUGGCAAGAAUGAAGGAAGCCCUGGUGAGAGCUCUGUUUUGGACCCUCAGUAUGAAAACGCAAAUCCAAACAAGCUGAAGCAUGAGCAAGAUCCACAGCAACAAAGAGCCAAAUGUCGAGAUAAUGAGGACAGAUCCAUGAUGUUCAAGCAGCAAGAAAAGGAGGCAGUGGAGGGGAGUUCAAUAGCUAAAAAGGCACAGGCAAAGCUACAUAAUAAGGCAAUUCCAGAUAGAGAACUGGACAUCGAGGCUAGGAUAGAAGACAAUAUAGUGCGUCAUAUCCUGCUGCUGGAUGGAGAUGACAGCAAUUCACAUAAGAGGACCAAUCAGAAUAGAAACAUUAGGACAGGUAAUGUUCGAAAUCUGACAAUAAUAGUGGAUGACAGUGGCAGCUUCCAUCUGGCCCAGAACCAAAAAAUCUCCAAAAACCCAAUUUCAGCCCCUGCAAAUGAAGAUCGGAUGCAGGUAAAUAUGAGCAGAGCUCAAGAGAGUAUAACAGCUGAUAGUCAGUUGGUAAAUCUACAGCCCAAGUCUCCACAACUGAUGAUAAGCCAUACGGAAAGCUUGGCUGCCUCAUUUACAAACUGCAAAAAGGAACAAGUGCAUAACGAAAAGAAACGUGAGGACGUAAAGGACAAUUAUGGAGAAAUGCCGGUACUUGAGAAUGAAUAUUUCAAGGAAGAAAUGCAUCCUCUUGACUGUUGCAAAGAUGAAGACCAGAGUGAUCGUUCUAAGCAAGUACAGGACAAGGAAGAUGAGAUGAUCACUGGAGACAAUGAGAACCGAUGCACGAAUCAGAAAUAUGAGGAAGGCGACCAGUUGAAGGAAGCUGAUAAUAAUGUGCCCAAAGGUGCACCCACAGUCACAGAUGGAGCUGCUGAAGACCUGAGCCCAGCAGCGACAGAAGACAAACUGUUCACCUGUGAGUUUUGUGGACGAAACCUCACGAACAGCUCCGAACUGAAGCGUCACAUCAUGCGUCAUGGACUAUAAUGUUUUUCUUUCUGUUGCGGAUGGUUGCAAGGGCUUCCACCGUUUAAUUUCUUUAUGUUUGUUUGUUUUGUGUGGAAGAUUAGGUUUUGUUUUUAUGAACCGUCCACUAUUUUCUUUAUAUACUGUCUAUUACAAAAUUUUUAAUGUUUUGUAGUUUUAAAACCUUUCUAAUAAAUAGUUUUUAUGGUACAGGUAUUAUAUGUAGGACACCAUUUUGCAAAUAAAACUUAAGAGCCAAGAUGGAGACUGUAUAUAAAGUGAGACACAUUGUCAUUGUCACUAUUUUCUUUUCCUUUUUAUUUCUUAAAUGACACUAAAGAAAUCCGUGAAUAACUGUCAUGCACAGAAGCUUUCUUUUUUUGUCCCUGCAUUUUAUGUGAAGGGAGAUACUAAUCAUUAAAUCAUGCAAAAAUCUUUACACUGUGAACUGCUGUUGCAUAUAAACUGGUGCUGAAAAACCAUGUUAAAUACAGACCAAGAACUUGAGCAACCUCAAAACCACAGAGUGGAAGUGCUUGUGCUGCCUUCAGGUGCUGUUGGAUAUAUACAUGAUUUGUUGUGUACCAUGCCAGUGAGCAAGUAAAUAGAUUCACAGGCAUAGAAAUAGCAGUAUUUUCUUUCAUACCCAAUGUAAAUAAUCUGUUUACCUUUUAACCUUUUUGUCGAAUUAUAUAAUUUACUUUUGUUGUAAUUAAACUGAAAGUGUGCUUGCCACAACUGAUGUAUGCUAA